AUGGAUGAAGAAGGAGCUUCGAGUGGGUCUUUGUCGGGGAUUCAGCUCAAGAACUGGAGAGAAGAGCAGGAUCGAUUGAAGGAGAAACUGAUCGCGUACGAUGAUUUCCCAUGGAAGUUAUCUUCAUCAAUGGAACUUCGUGAGGAAUCGGAGACGCUUAAGUACGUUGGAGGUGUGGAUAUGAGCUUUUCCAAGGAAGAUUCCUCCGUCGCUUGCGCUUGUCUCGUCGUUCUCGAGUUACCUUCUCUGCGUUUAGUCCACCAUGACUUCUCUUUCCUCCGACUCCAUGUUCCUUAUGUCCCUGGAUUUCUGGCCUUUCGUGAGGCUCCGGUUCUUUUGCAGCUUCUGCAAAAAAUGAGGGAUGAUCAGAAUCCUUUCUUUCCUCAGGUACUGAUGGUGGAUGGUAAUGGAAUACUUCAUCCACGAGGAUUUGGCUCGGCGUGUCAUUUAGGUGUUCUUGCUCACCUCCCUACCAUUGGGGUCGGAAAGAAUCUGCAUCAUGUGGAUGGUCUGAAUCAAUCUGAGGUUAGACGGUUGUUUCAGCUCAAAGAAAACGAGCAUGAGCAAGUUAUCACUUUGGUAGGGAACUCUGGAUUGACGUGGGGAGUAGGGUUUAGGCCAACUAUGAGUUCUCUGAAGCCUAUAUAUGUUUCUGUUGGCCAUCGUAUAUCACUUGACUCUGCGUUUAAGAUUGUCAAGAUGACCUGCAAAUACCGCGUUCCAGAACCUAUUAGACAGGCAGAUAUGAGAUCAAGAGCAUACCUCCAGGAGCAUCAACUGACUCUUUUAAAAGAACCGGGACUGCAGCCAACGGAUCAGGUAACUUGUGAUGUUUCCUCUGCGGUUCUAACCCCCCUUAUCAAUAUGUACUGA